GCGCUCGUUCUUCCUUCGACGACGUCCAUUCGCGCAUUUUUGCAUUCAAAGGCAGAAUCUUAACCUCCUGCUUAUAGUGCGGAAUUGACGCAGAAUGUUAACAGGAAUGGUCGGAAUUCAUUAUUGAGAAAUGUCCAAGCGUUGGAACAGCGACUAUGUGGUCACGGCGGAGCACCGCGAUUUACAGGCUAGCACCAUGGCUGUGGAUGCGACCGGCAACUUUGUUUUAUUAGCCGGACGCAGGUACUUUGCAGUGAAACGUUUGGACGAGGAUAUGAAUACAUUGAAGAAGUUCCAACGGCAAAGCAAAUAUGAAGUUGGCUCUGCAGAGUGGAAUCCAUGUGAUUUGAAUAGUCACUUGUGUGCAAUAUCUAGUAAUUCAAGAGUUGAGAUAUUAAGUUUCACCGGGGCAGGAGGAUAUGAAUUGCAAACCACACAGAGUUUAAAGGCACAUACACGUGUGAUUAGUGAUUUAAAUUGGCAUCCCAAAGAGCCAGACAUUAUAGCCUCUUGUAGUAUCGACACAUUUAUACAUAUCUGGGACAUAAGAGAUCAGAGAAAGCCGUGUCUGUCUUUGUCUGCAGUUGCGGGAUCAUCUCAAGUACGGUGGAAUGCACUAUCACCCAAUACGCUGGCUACAGCGCAUGAUGGUGACGUGAAGAUAUGGGACCAGAGAAAAGGAAAUAGUCCAGUGCAAUAUAUCACAGCUCACUUAACAAAGAUACAUGGUUUAGACUGGUGUCCCUUUCAACACAAUCAAUUGGCGACGUCAAGUCAAGAUUGCACCGUCAAGGUUUUUGAUAUCGCCAAUCCUCGUAGAGCCGAGAGUAUCCUGACAACAAAUUCUCCAGUGUGGAGAGCGAGAUAUACGCCUUUCGGAGAAGCUUUAGUGACUAUAGUAGUGCCGCAGUUACGACGAGGAGAGAACAGUUUGUUACUGUGGAACAUGUCGAAUCUCAACGCUCCGAUAUACACGUUUGCGGGGCACACGGAUGUCGUGCUCGAAUUUCAAUGGCGACAUCCCAGACUGGAAAAUAAUGACUUUGAACUUAUCACAUGGUCCAAGGAUCAAUGUCUGAGGAUAUUCAAGAUUGAUCCCUUCUUGAAAAAGCUAUGCGGCAGCGGUAUAGACGAUGGCAUAUCAGUUUAUUCUCAGUACUCUGAAGAGAAUAAUUUAAGGACUUUGCAAUCCACUCAAGAAUUGCAGCUGAACGGUUCGCAGAGUGCGCCCGAGAUCAACUACAUAACGAAGGUGGACGAGCCCGUGCCGCACUCGGAAACGAUCAACCUUCCGGACAGUUCCAAGGAAGUCUCGUCGCCCACUCAGCCAAAGAGUUUGCAGCAGGAGUUCUCCCUGAUAAAUAUGAAUAUACCAAAUAUAGAGGUGAACGCGAUGGAUGCGACAGAGAGGAGCUGUACGAUCACCGCAUGUACAAAGAACUACAAUGUGAUACUAAAGGUGAACUUUCCGGUGAAUUAUCCGUACAGCGCGCAACCGACUUUCCAGUUCUGCCCUGGAACGUCCAUCGACAAUACGACCAUGACGAAACUGCUGAAGGUCCUCACGCAGACCGCUCAACAGCGCGUCAGGAAGAAUCGGUCAUGUUUAGAGCCGUGUCUCAGGCAACUGAUAAACACUUUGGAGCAAACAUGUAAAAACGACGAGGACGAGAACGGUCGGCUGACGUAUCACAUACAAGACAACGCAAACUUCCUUAGCUCGACCAAUAUCUGCGCGAAUUAUCAGGACUCCUACAUACCGUUCCCCAGGACGUCUGGCGCCAAGUUUUGUUGCGUAGGUAUACUCGUUUGCUUCGGCCGUCCUUCGUACGCAAAGAGAUCGUCCAACAUUAUGAAAGCGGGAGGCACGACGCCCAGAGCGUUGUCCGCUCUGGGGAGCGGCAACGGCGAGCCUUUCAUGCACAUGUACCGAAACUCUUAUGUGCCGACCAACGACAACAUGUCCAUCAGCUCGUACUACUACCAAGACCGUCAGAAAGGCAUGCGACGAGGAUUGCACGGUGCGAGCAGAAUGCACGAGAGGUCCGAUUACAAGAAUUACCACCCGAUGGUCACGAUAUACGACGCCUCGUCGUUGUUCUUCGUGAACAAGGAACUUGCUGAAAAAUACAUAAUCAAUAUCACGGACAUCCCGGCCAUGUGUCAAUAUAAUGCGAACAUAGCCGCUUCGUUGGAACGGUCCGAUUUGGUACAAGCUUGGUGUCUCGCCGCUCUAGUCAUUUCGCAGCCGAUUUCGAAUAUCGGACAGAAUUCGUGCCAAGUUCCCAAUAUCGACGCUCCUUGGCCUCUGCACCCGUUCGGCCAGAACGUCAUUCAUUCAUUAAUACAGCAUUAUGCGAAUCAAUCGGACAUCCAGAUGGCCGGCAUGUUGAGCUGCGCCUUCAGCUACAGAUCUGAGAACACAGACGCCGCACAAACCCGGCUGAUCAGCAAAUCCGUGAACGUCAGUAGGCUUUCCACAGGAAAAUGGUGGUUGAAGCCUGGCGGUUCGCCCUACCACACUAUACACCUGGUGAAUUCCACGUUGGAGGGAUGGAAUUUUCAGAACCUGAAGCAGCACCGCUCCAACUCGUGGUCGGAGUCGCUGGACGAUUUGAAAGUUAUCCAGGACACGUUCGGAGAUUCGGCCAAGAACAUCAAGUUGCUCGAUGAGAAGUAUACGGCGCUGUACGACGGCUACAAGAAGGCGUACGCUGAGGUAUUGCACAGGUGGCGGCUGUUGGACGCCCGGGCGCAGGUAUUGAAGCACCUCAGCGCACCGCCCUUUGACACGCACAAGGGCGUCGAGCUGCAAUGCCAGUGUCAGAUCUGCGACAAGAUCAGUCGUGGUCCGCAAUGCGCGAACUGCAAGCGACUGAGCUUCCAAUGCGUCAUAUGUCACAUCGCGGUCAGAGGUUUGAGCAACUUCUGCAUGCUCUGCGGCCACGGUGGACACACGCAGCAUCUAGCCGCGUGGUUCAGCAGCGAGGCACUGUGUCCCACGGGUUGCGGCUGCUAUUGUCUGCAGGGGAGCUCGGUAUUAUUUAAGAUGUAAUUAGUGUAGAUGAAAUUAUUGUACAUAGUUGUGAUACACAUGCGAUCGCGUUGUGUUGCCUGUGAGAGAGAGAGAAGAGUCAAUUUCCGCAAGAAUAAAUCUCUUCUUCAUAUCGCCGA